CCAAUCAGCGCGCGAGUUUUGACAAGGCUUAUUCACUUUCGCGUCGUACAUUUGACUGGUAUCGAUUUCCCUUGUGUUCAAACAUGGAUAAACCAGAUAGCAGUCCGCUCGCAAACCUUGAAAGCUUCAGUCAGUUCGCUGCCUCAAUGCUGUCUCCCUCGGGAUCUGACAAAGGCGGAUCAAACCUAGUUUUCCAAUCUGAAACGUCACGUGAGAGGAGCACAGUGGCCCCACCCACUGGCAGUACCCAAAUAUCCUCUCAACAGUCGUCAGAAUCCCGCUUCAGCGCCUUUACGAGCAUCUCACGUGACGGACACGGCCUAACUUCUGGUGGGUCCACAUCGAGAGGUGCUGAUUCGUUCAUAUCAGCCAUGCCAGUCAAACCGGGACGAUCUCCAAAUUGGUCCGAUGCCGAGACGCGCUUUCUUAUCGCGCUCUGGGGAGAGCAGUACCAAAACAUCAGCCAGCAAAGGAACGCAAAAGCCUGGGAUGUGGUGGCGCGUUUGCUGAAUCAGAAACUCGCGCAGUGCGGUUUUGAAACGUUCCGUUCGGGUCAGCAGUGUAAAGGGCGGAUGAAGAGUAUAGUGUUCGAUUACAAGACGACCAAAAAGCGCAUCCUCGAAUCUGGAGGCGAUGACCGAACGUGCGACUACUUUGACGAAGUCGAUGAGGUCCUCGGGAAGACUUUUGGAAACAGCUCCUUAGAUGUUACCGACGCUAGUCCAGCGGUAACUCAAGAGAAUGAAAGAGCGUUGGUAACUAGUGGAGAGAAUGAAGACAGCAACGCCAGCGAUGAGAUGGUUGUUGUUAAUAUUCCAACAAGUGCAGCGCUUAACGUAGACACCACCACAGGGUUGACAGGCGAAGUCAGCCAGGCCUUGCCUGAUCAGAGAGAAAUACCACAGAGGAGAGAGCCACCCAAAAAAAGGAACAAGAGAAAAGCGCCAGCAGAAGAUGAAGAGGUGUCCACGCUUCGGUUUCUAAGGGGUUACAUGGAGGAAAGCGACAGACGGGAUAGAGAAUUCUUGCUGCAAAUGACACAAAUGGACCGUGAGAGGGAAGACAGAAAUUUUGAACGAACAAUGAAAAUGAUGAUGGAAGUAGCAAAGGUGUUUAAAAGCAGUCAGGCAAAUGCCCAUGAUAACUCUAGGGGGAAUAGUGGCAGUGUGGCUCUUCCAUCCCACGGUGGGGAUUCGCGUUUUGGCUCUGGUGUAAGUAGCAAUGACAACAGCAUGGGAGAGACCCACGGGACAGCAUCGAACCGAGAUAGCAGACGUGCAAACGAUAGCGGUGCGCAAGACAAGAAAGGUCAACCACUUCAAUUUCUUAAAGAUUACAUGGAGGACAGCGAUCGAAAAGACAGGGAGUUUUUACUUCAAAUGACAAGAAUGGACCGUGAGAGAGAAGAGAGAAGCUGUGAACAAACUAUGAGACUGAUGGUGGAAGUAGCAAAGGUAUUCAGAGGAGGCAACUAAUUCCACCAAUAGAAUAGAGACAUCACACUUGUAUAUCUUUUAAGACAGUAGAGUCUUGUUUUGUUUACGCCACUCAGAUCAUUAGAGUGCUCUCUCUUUUUUUCUCGGUUUCCAGACAAAUAUUUCAAGCAGUGACGGUAGUAAGACGCCGCCGUUUUUGCAAGAACAUAACUCGCUGUCCUUGCGCAUUAAUAGGCCCUUUGCACGACCCGGUCACAUGGUACAAAAUCACCAAUGCUGAGACGCAAGUUGCGCAGUGGAACUUCCAAAACAAAGCAACUCCUACCAGUCCACCUUGACCUGUCUUUGUUUUGGAAGUCCCACUGUGCAACUUGCGUCCCAGCAUGUGUGAUUUUGUACCAUGUGACCGGGUCGGGCAAAGGGCCUAUUCGAGCAGUUAGGAGUAAGGAUGCAUCUGGCGUCAAGUGCACACUCUUUUUCGUGCGGGGAAAAGUAAGAAUAACUUGCAGUGAUCGCGCGUCCUCGCGAGCAGGUUAAAGAGAGGACACGAUUGGGGGUAUAAGGAUGGGGCAAGCCCAAUCGACUCGUAUUGGUCCAAACUUCUAAAGAAGCAACUGAUGGUUAGAGCGAAUGUCUUUAAACAGUUGAGCCCGGGUCGCGGUUAUUCUGCGAUUUUUUAUCAGCAGUGAGAACUGGACUAAAAGACGCAUGCGCUGCACGCUUUCCAGCAAAGACGAGCAAAGUCUGCUUGCAGUCAUGUUACAUGAAUUAUACUUAUACCUAAUCGUACCUUUUUGGUACGGUUCGGCGGCAAAUCAGGCGAGUUUGGUCUAGCCAUGGUUUUUUUUUUCUUAAGGUAGUCAAGCCAAAAUAGCCACGGCGAGACCACACGAUACUGAUAUACCGCCGAAGCAUACAAAAAAGAUACGAUCAGGUAUUUACCGUACCCAAAUUCGGCCAAGUGACCAUGAUAUCGCAGCCAUAUCAGUGACAGUUA